AAGGGUCUCACUGAUCAAACCUAGUAGAAAAAUGGCAUUAUUACAACAAACCAUUGUUUUGGGCAUUUCAUUAUUGUGCAUGACAUUAAAGGUUUCCUCACAUAGCAGGCACAGCAGAUACACUCCUCCUAAAGUUACUCCUUUAACUAAUCUCUUCUCACCUGUCUCCAUCCCUCAAGAAUUUUCCACAUCUUUUGGAGCUUCAAAUGUUAAAUUACUUAACAAUGGAUCAUAUGCCACUCUUGUUCUUGAUAAAUCUUCAGGAUCUGGUCUUGCAUCCAAGAACAAAUAUUAUGAUGGAUUCUUUAGUGCUGCAGUGAAGUUGCCUGCUGGUUUAACCUCUGGAGUUGUUGUAGCAUUUUAUAUGUCUAAUGCAGAGAGUUAUCCACAUAACCAUGAUGAGAUAGAUAUAGAAUUACUUGGGCAUGACAAGAGAAAUGAUUGGGUAAUUCAAACAAAUGUGUAUGCAAAUGGAAGUACAAGCACCGGAAGAGAAGAAAAAUUCUAUCUUUGGUUUGAUCCAACGGCGGAGCAUCAUUAUUACACCAUCAUUUGGAACACUCAUCAUAUAGUCUUCUUAGUGGACAACAUACCAGUAAGAGAGUUCACCAAGAGCAAUGCAUACCCUUCAAUAUACCCAUCAAAACCAAUGUCAGUAUAUGCAACAAUUUGGGAUGGAUCAGAAUGGGCUACAAAGGGAGGAAAAUACCCAGUCAACUACAAAUAUUCUCCAUUUCUUGUUUCAUUUUCUCAAAUGCAACUCACUGGCUGCACAUUUUAUAAUCCAUCAUCAUCUUCAGAUGCCUCUAAUUCUUCAACUAGUUGCUCUAAUAAGGCUGUUGAAGGUGAAGAAUUUGUUAAGCUUUCAAAAGAUCAGACUCUGGCCAUGGAUUGGGCUAGAAAGAAGCUCAUGUUUUACUCUUAUUGUAACGAUAAACCUAGGUUCAAGGUCCUCCCACCCGAGUGCAAAUAAAUGCUUCACGGAAACAGAAAUGUUGAAACAGAAAAAUGGUGAAACGGGAAAAUUUACCAGAAUAGAUUAUAAAUAUAAAAAUUCAAAAUGUUAGUAGCGUCCGUCAGAAUAUAGAGAUCGAAAAAAUUUCGUAUAGUUAUUUUUUUGUUUAAGAUUUAUUUUCAUAGGAAGAAUUGAUGAACAUAUAACAUCUUUUACAUGUAUUGCAAGUAAUUACAUUCAGUAUUUCUCAUCAAA